AGCCCUCCCUCCCUCCCUCCCUCGCUCGCAUCUCAUUAAGCGAGUCCCGCUGUAGCUAUAGGUGAAGCCGCCUCUCUCUGCCAUACUGAAGCAGGUGUCCAACAUGGCGAACACUGGCAGCGGCUCUCUCGCGACUAUUCUCUUUUUAUUCAUGUUUCAAGCGGCUCUUCACAAAGGCUCACUUCCUGUCUGCUCCCUGUGGUGGAUGGUAUGUGGUUGCCCUGAAAACUGCAGGGCAUCAUCUAUGGUUUGCCCAGGAGCUGCACAGUAUCCAGUGGUGAGUCAGAACCUGGUGACAGACAAUGUGUCAGUGGUGGAGGGCGAGAUGGCGAUUAUCAGCUGUCGGGUGAAGGACAACGACGACUCCGUUAUCCAGCUGCUCAACCCCAACAGACAGACAAUUUACUUCAGAGACAUGAGACCACUGAAAGACGCUCGAUUUCAGCUGGUGAACUUCUCAGAGAAUGAGCUGCGGGUGUCGCUGUCUAAUGUCUCGCUGUCAGACGAGGGUCGAUAUGUUUGUCAGCUCUACACGGACCCCCCACAGGAAGCCUACGCUGACAUCACCGUGCUAAUCCCUCCUGGUAACCCCAUCAUUGAGGCCCGGGAUGAGGUGCUGAGCGAGGGCAACGAGACAGAGAUGACCUGCACUGCCAUGAGCAGUAAGCCUGCCGCCACCAUCAGAUGGAUGAAGGGAGAUAAAGAGCUUCCAGGCAAGCCCAGAGUUGAUCUGACCUACGACAAGAUGUACACAGUAACCAGCCGCCUGACGUUCACCGUCAGCAAGGAGGACGACGGCGUGCCUGUGGUUUGCAUCGUAGACCAUCCUGCUGUCAAGGACUUCCAGGCACAGAAGUACCUGGAGGUGCAGUACAAACCAGAGGUGAAGAUCGUGGUAGAAUUUCCUCAGGGUCUGACCAGGGAAGGAGAGAACCUGGAACUGACGUGCAAGGCCAAAGGCAAACCCCAGCCACAGCGGGUGAACUGGGUGAAGGUGGAUGACGAUGUGCCAUCCCACGCCGUCAUCACAGGUGCCGAUCUUUACAUCGAAAACCUAAACAAGUCCUACAAUGGGACCUACCGCUGUAUGGCCUCCAAUUCAGUUGGGGAGUCCUUUGACGACUACAUUCUCUACGUUUAUGAUGCUCCCACCACUACCCCUAAACCCACCACAGCCUCCACCACCACUACCACCAUCAUCACCACCAUGUCCUACCCCGAAGCCAAUCAAGACACUGCGCCCAGCACUGAACCUGCAGCUCAUGAUUCACGGGCUGGAGAAGGAGCGCCCAGAACAGUGGACCACGCGGUGAUCGGAGGGGUGGUGGCUGUGGUCGUCUUCGCCAUGCUCUGUUUACUCAUCGUCUUGGGGCGCUACUUUGCAAGACACAAAGGUACCUACUUCACACACGAAGCCAAAGGAGCAGAUGACGCAGCAGACGCAGACACAGCCAUUAUCAACGCAGAGGGUGGCCACACCAACUCGGACGAAAAGAAGGAGUACUACAUCUAAUCAAAACAGGACCCCUCACUCACUCUAGUGUCCUCUUUGGGACACCGAGCUGUUUUUGGAGCCGGGGCAUGGUAAAGAGAGGGAGGGGAGGGGGGGUUCGAUGAUAGAGGGAUUUGAUGGUUCAGGGUCACGUUUAGUGAGAGUAGAGGGGUCGAGGAGUAGAAGUGAGAUGGGGUUUUACAGAUGGUUUUAAGCCGUUGUUUAGUCUAGUCUGCAGAUGUAGAUGGAAUGUUUUGUGUGUAAAAAAAAUCUAAAAAAAAUCAAAAAAGGACAAAAAAUGGGAGGGUUUUGGGUUUUUUCGGUACACCGGGACGGGGUUGGGGGUGGGACGGGUGCGCCAGACGUUGCCAGAAAUCACUGUAGAGAGCUUCACCAUUCAACACCUCCCUAACUGCUGGUACGAAUUUUAUUUAGUUCAACCAUUUGCAGAAAAUUCUGUGCCUUGUUCUAUCCAUACUUUGGAUUUGUGUUGAUCCUCAUUUGCAUAACCUUGUUGCUCCCCCCCGCCCCUUUUUUUUCCCCGUCUCAUCUCUCCCCAUUCGUAAAUAUCAAUGUGCUGUUGGCUUUUUGUAUGAGAGUAAAACUACACAACCACUUUAUUCGUUUCUCCAAAUGUGUCUGCACACACGCAUCCUCUCCUGCAUAACAAAAACUCUUUCCAGUAUACUGUGAUUUGUCUCAAGCCAUUACUUCCCUCUCUUCUUUUUUUUUUUUUUUUUUUUUUCCCCUCCCUGAAGUUUUGACAGCUCCAAAAAUGCAUGGAAUGCUUUACAUAUCAUUGUACAAAGGACAUAAAUGAGAAACAGGUUUGAUGUACUGUAUGUGCCCUCCCCGCCCCCACCCGAACACAACCGCAUUUAAAACAUAAUCAAAAAGAAGGCAGCAAAGGAUAACAUGAGAUGAUUUUAUCGGGCUCAUUCAGUUAAUUGAUAUUUUGCUGCCUCGGUUUGUCUGUCCAAGCAAAUAUACUACUGCCUCUUAGACAAUUAUCUUUCUUAGUAAAGAGAAGUAGUACAUUAUUUUUCCUCGCUGCGUUGCCAUUUCAUUAUUUUGAUUUUCCUCUUCUGUUCAGAACUAUUUUUCUUUUAUUUGCCUGAAUGGAAGCCCUGUUUUCCCACCGGCUUUUAUUAGUAGAGUGGUAAUGAUGAGAUUCAAUUGAAUUCCAUCUGCUCGCACUCUAGAAUAUUUUUUCUUACAAAUGGGAAAGUAACAACAUGUAAAUUGUUUUAAAUUUCUUUCUCUUUUUUUUUCUUCCUUUUUUGGCAGACGCUCAGUCAAGAUGCCUCGGUAAUAAAAGGCUGUUGAAAAAAGAAAACAUUUGGUGUUAAUAUUGGCCGACCAGCAGCCGGAAAGAUGCUGGUGUACUGUACAUAAUUUUAAAAGAGAAACAGCCUUAACCAAACUCCAGACAGACAGCAUCCAAUUUAUUUUAGGAAAUACACGAAUCAUAAAAAAAAAGGCCAUGGCAGUCCAGGUUCUCCCAUCUGAGGGUUCAUGUUAUCUCACAGACACAUAAUCCAAUGUAAAUCAAGCCAACUGAGUCACAGCUGUAUUGUACACUAAUCCUUACUAAGAAAUAUUUUUUACAACUUACUAGAAUUACAAUGGAGUACCUUUGUGGAUUUUAUCGUAUCACGCUCAUUGUGAGUUUUCGUCAAGAUGUAACACGAGCAAACGUUUGGGGAAAUCUUCAAACCGAAACGAGAGACAGGCCAGUCUUUCCACUUCCAUCACACCUUCUUCAAUGUAUCUUUUUUGCUUUGACGCAGCAGCUUGAGUGCUUGAUCAUUUGACAGUUUUUCUGCAUGUGUGUGUACCUGCUGAAACCCAUUCUCUUUGCUUCUCGAUCCUGCUUUAUGUAUCACCUGCCAAAACCGAACGAGCAUCUGUUUUGCUGUGCCAGCUGGGGAGCACUGAGGAAUGCCAAAAGUAAUUAAUUGUUUGUAACUGAACUUAAUACACGUGUUGUGCCACGUGGUGGUUAAUCCCAUGGGCUGCAUUAAUGCCCUGGCUUCUUAUCGUGGCAAUGAGGGUCUAUUCAUGGCAUUGUUUGUCAUUAUUAUGUGUUCACACAGCAAGCAGCUUCCUUAAUGAGUCCUUGCUCUAUGUGACAGGUGUGGGUGGGCUGAGUCUACAUCUUCAAGUUCUGAAAACCCAAAAUUAAUUGGACAAACAUGAAUCAUGUCAAAUUAGAAAAGGAAAAAAAUGUUGCUUCUUACUUUACUAACUGCCUGAUGAUGGUGACUCAUGCUGGCCCAUACAGUUUCUUGCCCAUUUGUAUACAAUACUUUUGGGUGUAUAUUAAAAGCAGAUGACGUGCAUUUUACACAUUUUAUUGUCGUACACAAUGUUUAAUUCUUUAAUGAACUGCAUCACUAUGUACCGCUACAGCGAUAACAGUGUUGCAAUGAUUAUGAAACAUUCCAUAUUAAAUAUAUAACAUAAAUACGCUAAGUGAUAACUGUUUCCAUUGUAUAUUAAUGCUUUUAGCUAAGUCCCAUUAUGAGUCUCCACGUAUAAGUUAUAUUUAUGAUUGUAUUUUAACUUCUUUAGGGUACAGCUGCCUUAAAAAAUUGGGCUUUUUUAUGGUGGCUGACAGACAACUGACACAUAGAAUAACACAAAUAAUGAAGACAUUUGUUGAGUUCUCUCAGGCACUGUGCUUUUUGUUCAAACUAUAACCUUUGGAUUUGAUCAGACGAUGCAUAUCAAUAUCCAUCAUGUCCCAUGAUUAAACUCACUUUUUCUGAAAAUGUCACUAGAUGCCUCUUUACCGAACACUUUGGGAGAUUAAUGGACUCUUUCUGACUUGGGUUGCUUGCUGUGUGGACACUCACACCCAAGAACCAAUAUUUUAUUGAUAUGUUAACGCAUUGAUUGUGCAGCUCAGAGUGCAACACAUUAACAGUGUGAUAGCUUUAAUAUCAUAGUCAUGCAUGAAGACAGCAUUCAGUCUUUCCAUAUUGAGGUUUUGGGGUUGUUCAAAUGCAGUUUCAGAAGGUUCCUGUGGAGUGCAUUACGCAUAUUACACUUUCCUGAGCAUCUGUGCAUUCUUUAAGUCGUUAAAUAUAUUUUCUGCAGGUGGGCUGGGUGGGUGCUGUGGACAUAUUUUUAGCUUUUCCAUUGGAUGGGGCCGCUGUAGAUGUGAGCCGCAGGAGUGACGUUGCAGACAAAGAUCAAAGAUGCUGUGUCCAACUCUCUCUAACUGUUUUAUUCUUCUGUGAAAAACUUAAUUUAAAAAAGUUCUGUACUCGCAAAAGGAAUUACCACUAAGUUAACACUGUAUGCUGAUGACACUGUUUUGUGUUUGUUACGUGGACGGGUGGGGGUGGGGAAGGGUUCUGAUUAGGUUAGAUGUUUUACGGUCUGGUGUCUGAUGAAACUAUUAACUGACUUGUUAUCGUUGCUUUAUGGAUCACAGAGCAGAUGUCACUUCAUUUGUAAGACUGAGAUUGUGUGAUUUGUAAUUUACAGUGAGCACUAUUUCGCUUCAGUGACAUGUGGCAGCUUCCAUUUAAAUCAGACUUCAAAUUAUGUACUUGCCAAUAAAGGAAUAGAACUGAAUAUUGUCUUCUCCCUUAAGGCUAAUGCAUUAAUAUUUUAUUUGUGAAUAUUGAACCUUUUGUGGGUUGGAACGGCAGGAGUGUUCUUCCAAAUGUUUUAUUUUCAACAAGAGUGUUUACGCUCCCAAAGUUCCAACAUCUAAGCAAAGCAACAUGAAAACAACCUUUGGAAUGGUAAGGAUUCAAUUUGAAGUAAAUAGCUGAAUGAUAUUUUAGGUUACUGUAUGUUUUAUUUUCUAUGAAAUGCCCCGUUAAGUAAAAUAUGAAUUUACAGUGUAAAUGAUGUAGUUUUCUCCACAUUAAAUUCUUUUGAUAUUGUCCUGUCUCUGGUUCAUGCGUUGCUGACCGAUGUGACUGCAUCUCAGGUAGAAUGCUAAGUUUAGGCCCCACCCAUAAGUGACGUAGAUGCAAGUACAAUGCAUCCUCAUCGAAUCAAGUGCAACACAUUAUUUUAGAUCCAAGAGGCAAAAUUGUUGAUAUUUUGCAUAUCUGUUGUACAUGUUUUAUGUAUUUUCCUUAAUAUUUGGUGCACUGUAAACAAUGUGUUGAGUAUUGCUUUGUGUUGACAUAGGUCAUGAAGAGUACACUGUUUAUUGGAAUGACGCAGGAUCAGAAAAUUGUUGUGGCUGUACUACUGUCACCUUCAACGCACCACCGCCUUUGGAAGCUUGUUUGAUUGAUUCCCGAAAAAGUUUUGAUUGUUUCACCAGUCAUUGUUUUUAGAUUGAUUCUUUUUGUCUCUCUGCUGUUCUUGGGAAAUGUUAAUGUGUAUUAAUGGAGAAAAGGAGUUCCACAUUCCCAUACACAUUUUGUAUUGGUUCAUAAAUAGACAUUUUUACAAAAACAAUGAAGAGUUCUUGUCUUAAUAAAAAAAGAAAAGAUAUUAAUGUCCAAAA